GGGUUAUGGGCUGCAAUUAUUUUGCACUAUUCAUAAAAAGAAAUAACUGAAUCAGUUAACAAAUUCAACACUUCACCAUAAAUUCCCGCCUUUUUUUCACCCACAAAAUCAAAACCCAGAAAUUCAUCUGCAAAAAUUUCUGAUGAUCAAUCACAUUAAUUUUAACCUAAGAUCUCUCUCUCUCCUUUCAAAUUCUCUCUCCAUUAUCUUCCUUUCAUCUCUCCACACUCGUUCUCUCACUCCAUACAAACCAAAACCCAACAACUGGAACACAAAUCAUUCUUUUGUUAAAUCAAACCCACUUCUCUCUCUCCUCGAAAAAUGUUCUUCAAUGGCACAAUUGAUGCAAAUUCAAGCACAAAUGAUCACAACUGGGCUAAUCUUAGAUGGGCUUGCUUCAAGUCGAUUAGUCGCGUUUUGUGCAAUCUCAGAAGCUGGUAAUCUUAGUUAUUGUGAGAGAAUUUUGAGAUUUCUUGAUAACCCAAAAGUUUUUUCUUGGAAUAUUGCAAUUAAGGGAUAUUCAGAUAGUAUAAUUCCUAAUAAAGCAAUUGUUUUGUAUAAAGAAAUGUUAGAAUUUGGUGGGUGUCGUCCUGAUAAUUAUACUUAUCCUUUGAUUUUUAGGGUUUGUGCUCGUUUGUUGUUGAAUUAUACAGGUUAUGGGAUUUUCGGGCAUGUUUGGAAGUUGGGUUUGACCUCGGAUGUGUUUGUACAUAAUGGAAUUGUUCAUAUGUUGGGGAGUUGUGGUGAUUUGGAAGGUGCACGCCAGGUGUUUGAUGAAAGUUGUGUGAGAGAUUUGGUUACAUGGAAUUCUUUGAUUAAUGGGUAUGUACAUUGUGGGGAGGCGCGGGAAGCGUUGAGUCUUUAUGAGGAAAUGAGGGCGGAGGAUGUUAGACCGGAUGAAGUGACGAUGAUUGGGAUGGUUGCAUCAUGUGCACAGCUAGAGGAUUUGAGUAAAGGGUUGGAGUUUCAUCGCUUUAUUGGGGAUUAUGGAUUGAAUUUGACUGUCCCACUUUGUAAUGCGUUGAUGGAUAUGUAUGUUAAGUGUGGGGAUCUUAAGGCGGCAGAGGAGAUAUUUGAUCAUAUGAGAAAGAAAACUAUGGUCUCGUGGACCACGAUGGUUGUGGGGUAUGCAAAAUUUGGAUUUUUGGAUGAGGCAAGGAAACUUUUUGAUGAGAUGCCCGAGAAAGAUGUUGUUCCGUGGAAUGCCAUGAUUGGAGCUUAUGUUCAAGCCAAGUGUAGUAAAGAGGCUUUGAUUCUAUUUAACGAGAUGCAGGGUGCAAAUGUUACCCCUGAUGAGGUCACUAUGGUUAACUGUUUAUCUGCUUGCUCUCAGCUUGGAGCACUUGAUGUUGGGAUAUGGAUCCACUGGUACAUCAACAAGAAGAAGCUAUCUUUGAAUGUUUCAUUGGGUACUGCACUUGUUGAUAUGUAUGCCAAAUGUGGUAAUAUUGGAAAGGCGCUUGAUGUUUUCCAUGAUAUGCCUUUGAAGAAUUCACUGACUUGGACUGUUAUUAUUGGAGGGUUAGCCCUUCAUGGAAAUGCAAAUGAUGCUUUAUCAUACUUUUCAAGAAUGGUUGAUGUUGGAUUGGUGCCAGACGAGAUCACAUACCUCGGAGUCUUGGCUGCUUGUUGUCAUGGGGGAUUGGUUGACAAGGGUCGUAGGUAUUUUUCUGAAAUGACCUCCAAAUAUAAUCUUAACCCAAAGCUUAAACACUACUCUUGUAUGGUGGACCUGCUAGGUAGGGCAGGCAAACUAGAUGAAGCAGAAGCGCUCAUAAAGAGUAUGCCUAUUGAGCCAGAUGCUGUUGUAUGGGGUGCUUUAUUUUUUGCUUGUCGUAUGCAUGGGAAUGUGAUAAUGGGUGAACAAGCUGCAUGGAAAUUGCUCGAAUUGGAUCCUGGUGAUGGUGGUAUAUAUGUUCUGCUGGCAAAUAUGUACGGGGAUGCAGAAAUGUGGGACAAGGCUAGGAAAGUAAGGAACAUGAUGAAGGCGAGAGGAGUUGAUAAGACUCCUGGUUGUAGCUCAAUUGAGGUUAAUGGAGUAGUCCAUGAGUUCACCAUAAGAGACAAGUCACACCCUCAAUCUGAAGAGAUAUUUGAAUGUCUAGUUCAACUAACAAAACAACUUGAGUUGCUUGAAAUUGUUACGAGUAUCAGCACGUCAUGGAAAGCAGUUUAUGUUUAGCAAUCCGCUAGCCCAGAUUCUUUAGGAGAUUGUGAAAAGAAAUCUCCUUUAUUCUCGUUUAUUUCUUCAAACUCAUCUAUUUUAUGAAGUCCAUAGUGCGUUAGUGCUUAGUUGCUUACGAAGGAAUUAAGCCCAUCUUUCCACAUAUUUACCAGGAAAGUUUUGACUUGAUAUGAUAACCUGAAUGGUUUGGAGGGAGGAACAUGGUUGAUCUCAUUAUCCAUGUAGAUAGAGUGGCAGGAAGGUCAUAGAGCCUUCUGGGUUUAUAAAACUCAUGAACAUUAGCUUGUAGAUGAUCUUAAUACAAAAAGUCCACCAGCUUGAACAUUAGCUAACAACACACAUACAAGUUACAUGAAAUUCAGUGUUUGCUGAGGAACAAUCAGAUUAUUGACAAACUUCUGAUGUCUACUUGCAACCCCUUUCAAGUUUAUGCAAAGAGCAGCUCCCUGAUUUGAUGAUGAUAUCUGGUGGCUACUUUCUUUCCAGUAUCAGUCACAAACUUCAGCAUUCAUUUAAAGUUGCUCGGUGCUUUUCUAGUCGAGUAUGGUAUGCAUACUAUGGGCUAUGGCCAAUAUCUAUCUAAAUAUUGGAUUUUGUGAGCAAUUGUUAUACUUUCUUUGCCAAGAGAUAGCAGUCCGAUCUCAGGUUAUUCUCGAGGGCCUAGUAUAUGGUGCAGAUUUAAAGUGAAUGUUCUGACAAUGGGUUGCAGCUUGUGGACAAAGAUUCAUAUUCCUUAUAAUAAUUUGGACAACUGAAGCUCUCUUGUGCCCUUGAUCUGGAAAAAGAAAAGUUGAGGAAUCGCGCAGAAUUUUCUAUCUUGGAUAAACCUGCAAGUUCAGGUUUUGCCACGGGUGACUGAAUUUAUCAUGCUAAAUUAUUUUAGCAUAACUAUGUGGUAGAGAUGGCCAACAAUACGGGUCAAUCCAACCCAUCUAGCCCAGCCGGCCUCUUGGGUCGUGUGGGUUGAGCUUGCGGAAAGCUCGGUCCAGGCCAACUCGAACCGUAAAAUUGGUGGGUGGGCCGUGGGCUAGAUUUGUUGAGCCCAAUCCACGAAAGUCCGCUACUAAAACUGCCCAGUUCGGUCCACGAAACCGGUAACGUCCAGCUCAAGUAAUUAUUCAACCAAAUUAUGUACAUAUUAAUCAAAUUGUAUAUGUUUUAAUC